AUGGAGUCAGGAGCCUCCAGUACCCUCAUUCUCUCUUCCCUCCAAAACCCACAACCCAACAAGUUGCCCCCACAGUUUAUCUGGCCCGAUGAGGAGUUAGCCCACUCAACCCAAGUCCAUGAACUCGAGGACCCGCCACUCGACCUUUCUGGGUUUUUAAACGGCGACCAGGAGGCCACGGCCUUAGCUGCCGCCCAAAUUAGGGCUGCUUGCUUGACUCGCGGCUUCUUUCAAGUGAUCAACCAUGGCGUGGACCCAAGCCUCACCCAGGCGGCACAAAACCACAUGGACCACUUUUUCAACCUUUCCAUAGACCGGAAGCUUGCUGUGGAGAGAAAACCGGGAGACCUUUGUGGCUACUCAAUUGGCCAUGCCGACAGGUUUUCCUCCAAACUCACAUGGAAGGAGAUGUUCUCAUUCACCUACAAAUACGACUCCCGUGAUGAGGAUGUGGCUCACCAUAUCAAGUCUGUCCUUGGACAAGAUUUUGAAGAAGCGGGGUUGAUUUAUGAGAAAUAUUGUAAAGCAAUGGAAAAACUUUCCCUCGCAAUCAUGGAGCUCUUGGCCAUUAGCUUAGGAGUUGAGCGAGGGCAUUAUCGGGAGUUUUUCAAAGACGGGAGCUCGAUAGUGAGGGCAAACUACUAUCCACCGUGCAUAGAAGCUGGACUCACUCUCGGCACCGGACCACAUUGUGAUCCCAACUCGCUCACCAUUUUGCUGCAAGAUCAAGUCGGAGGUCUCCAAAUCUUUGUCGACGGAAAAUGGCAAGCUCUCAAACCUCGCACGGAUGCGCUUGUUAUUAAUAUCGGCGACACAUUUAAGGCAUUAUCGAAUGGGAAGUACAAGAGUUGCCUCCACAGGGCAGUGGUGAACAAGGAGAGAGCCAGGAUAUCCAUAGCCUUCUUUGUAAACCCAAAAGACCACAAAAUUGUGAGCCCCCCAAAUAAUCUCGUAGCAGCGGCGAUGAGGGAGUACCCGGAUUUCACAUGGUCGGAUUUUAAAAAAUUCUUACUGAACCACUACAGGGCUGACGGGACUUCGCUCCAAAACUUCGUCCACUGGCUUUCAGACCAAAACAAGACGAACAAUUAA